UGUAUCAGAUUCUACACAGCAAACUGGAGCUGUAUUGAGAACAAGUAUUCAAGCUAUGGAGGAAGUUAUCUUAAACUUCCCAGGUAAAAUGGAUCAGCUCAGAAACAGUGGUGGAGGGGGGGCAAUGACCCCCUGAUGAUUAAACCUCACCCUCUAAAUUAAAGCAAUGUGGGUGUGGCUCAAGCAUUGCUGACCCCAUAGACAUAGAGGUAACACGUUGCGAAAGCAGGCAAGGAAGGAAUGAAAAUUAUUAAAUGAUGAAAUGUGAUGCCCGAAAUGUUUUUCUUACUACCAGUCCCCUUCAAAAUCAAGUUGCUUCAUUGGUUUUUAAUGUUUAUCUGCUUUUUUUACCUCCCCUGAAAGAUUCAGAGGCAGGAGGGAAUGCUUCAGAAAAUAAGACUAUUAUCUUAAAUUUUAAAAGAAAUUUUUAAGACUGAAGCCCAUGUCAGCCUUCAUUUAUGACUUGGGCUGUUUUAUUGUUUUUUUUUCUCUCUCUUAGUACAAACUAUUUUUAUCAUUUGACGUUUUUGUUUUUUCUUAUCAAUCAGGCCACAUCCGGGAAAGGGACUUGAAAGACAAGUUUUUGCAAUGGAUAUGGAGGAUCAGGUGGAUUGUGUGAAUCAGGUGGAGAAAUUUAGCUGUUAAUGUUUGAUUGUUUAGCUACAUAUAAUUAUUUAUUAAGGAAAUUGUUUUAACCCUUAACUCCCAUGAGUGACCAAGACAGAGUUUCUCUUUACCAUAUCAACACAACGUCAAGCAGACAAGUGAUGAGAAUAAGGUGAAAUAGAAGAACAAGAUGAAUAAUAGAUGAGAAUAAGGUGAAUUAGAAGAUCAUUAACUGAUCCAGUACUAAAUUCUCUGAACUAUCACAAAAGAACUGUAUAACAGACAGUAAGGAGAAUUGGUAAUGACAUCUUUGGAAUGAAAGGGUUCGAAAUCGAUAAGAUCCUGUUGACUGACAAUAACUGAGUGGUUUUAGAAAGGUAUACCAGAAGCCAUUCAAACAAUUUGGAACCCAAAAUACCCUCCCAGAGCUUUGGGGCAGAGAGAGAUCUGAUAUUUCUCUAAUGAUGACGGGUUUUGAUUCGCAGGCUGUACCAAUGAGCCCAAUGCGAGAGAAAGGAAUCUCCAGACAGGGUUACCUUACAAAGGCUCCAUUCCAUGGUGAAAGUAACGGUACACCCGGAGCUAAGGUACAUCUGUUUUUGGGGUUACUCUGGUUCGUCUAAUGUGCAAUAUUUUUAAGGAGGGGGGAGGGGGGUGAGGGGGCUCUUCCCAGUAAUGGGCUGAAGGGCAUGUGCCGCGGGAUGGAGAGUUGCAUUUUCACAACUGGAUUAACUAUCAUAGCGUUGCAUUCGAAUGGGUCGCACAUUUUCGGGAUUCUGGGGGUAAGAAAGUACUAGUAAAUAGGGAUUUAAACAUGGCAGGAUUUCUGAUAAAGGAUUUCUGAUUACCGUAUUACAAAAGUGACUAAGACGAGGUUUCUAAUGGGCCACAGAAUAGACUAAAAUGGGUCUUCCUCCUCCCCCUUUCUCCCCCCCGCCCCCGACUAUUUUCGCUGAACGUUACUACUGUAUUACUUGGGGUUGGUUUUCGAAACUCAAUUGAAAACUGCCUCCAUCGAUUAAAUUAAUUUUCUUGUUGAUCUCUGUGCAAACCUUAAUCCGCAGAACUUCAAGCGGAGGUGGUUUCACCUGAAGCAAAUAUCAAAUGAUGGCUCGUACAUUUUGGAAUACAAGAAGGUGAUAAAGGUUUUUUUUUGCAUGAAAUGCAGUAAUUGUUAGAAAUAAACAGGUGACAUAGCUUUAAGAUUAACGAUGAUAAAGGUAAGUUAAGGAAAUCAUAUUAACUUGAGCGGUGCAUUUCUUGAUUUAUGGGUAAAAGAGCUGUUUUGGAACCCGCGUUUUUUAAAUUGCUCGAGCCGUUUUAAUCAGAACGAGAUAUUUUGUUGGACAUUUAUUAACGGUAUUUACUGAUGACGAGAACGAGUACGACAAUGUCAUACAUAACGAUAACCAAAAACCAUGAUCAGGGCUUUCAAUAACUUUUACCAUAAGCGGCUGCCGAUGGUUUAACAGGCGGCUGUGCUUGGGAAAAGGGGCCGAAAGGCUAAAACCAAACACGAGAGGAUAAACAGACGGCGGUAAGAGGCUUACAGGCGGCGGUAGACUGCUAGUAACUUUCUUUCACUGAAACGCCGGCAUGACCGUAGCGAGGAAUAGAUGAUUGUUAAAACGAUUAUUUUUAAUGGAAAAAGAAUAAUAACCACGACAGUUAUCAGGGUUCGCACAGGUCCUGAAAACCUCAAAAGUCGUGGAAUUUUAUUUUGACAUUUUCCAAGACUUUCCAGUCCUGGAAAAAGACAACAGGUCCUAGAAAGUCGUGGAAAUCUGCUUAACUCAAGCAUUAAAUUUUUCAGAAUUUAGGUUGUUAGAAAUUUAUAUAGACCGUAAAGCGCAUCGAUUUUGAAAUCUUGGGAAUGAUAGGGUUUAAGGUGGAAUUUGAAGUCCUGGAAAAGUCCUUCAAAAUUUGUUUAAUCCUGGGUUAUGACUUAUGCUUUUGGUGUCUUACUCAGGAUGAUCUCAAACCAGUAUGGCAAGAGGGGUGCUCUAUUUGGAUGCGUGUACUCACAUCACUAAGGUAACUUUUAUUUUUUUGUAGUAUCAUCAUACGACAAUGACGAUAACGCUAAGGCACUCCGCAUGUAGUUACCUUUGGGCCAAGAUUCGCGAAAUAACAAAGAGUAACUCCCCAGACCUUGAGAAAUUAAGAAGAAAUAUCAGACUUGAGAUUGAAAUAAUAUACUUUGAAUCUUAAAUCCCGAAGAUCGACUAGUUACUAAUUUUUCCUGACGGUAUCAGCGCAGAAUAAAACAUUAAGGACACGAGAAUGGAGGAAAUGAUCGCCAACUAAAAAACUCUCGAUUGAUAACCAGAUUCUCUUAUCAGGACAAAAGGAAAUGUAUAGAAGAUAGCAGGAGGAAUAUGCUCACUGAUGUUAGGGGUAUAAAGGCUUAAACGAGACCUCGAGGCUCAUCGAAGGGCCUGGUCACGAGCUUUAGAGAUCGGUCAAAAAGUUUCUGAGACUCGCCAGUUUUUAACACUUUAUUCUAUAGCAUCAGUAUGUAUAUUCUCCAUACUGUUCUCUGUACGUUUCUUAUGAUAUCGACAAGAAGAAUUUGUUUGAAAGUCAGUAUCUUCCUAGCUGGUAGUUGUUUCGUUUAGUCUUGUAACCUUAAUGUAAGAUUCAGUAGUGAUACCUUAAUGAGAAGUUGGAUUUAAGUCACUCCUAGAGGUUAAAGAGUUUAUAAGUACCAUGUGCCAUUGCUAUAGUUUGGAUUUCAAAAGCCUGUGAAUGCUGGAUUGGUGAUUAUGUUUGUAAUACUCAGGGCGAUAGUUGCUAACUGAUUAAUAAUGACAAUAGGACCGAGUAGAGUCCAAUUCAGUCUGUUAUCAUACGAGUGAUUACAAAAUCGGCUGACCGCAAAGCGGGAGUUAAAUUUGUUAAUCAGGAGUGUGAUUACAGAACAAAUUGGACGCCAGAAAGUCCUGUUACCAAUUAAUCGUAACAAUUAAAAUUUCCGAAAAUAACAAAUACAUUUGUUGGAGAUAAUAUCUCCGUUAGAGCCUUGUCUCAACUAAGAGUUCCUCCAUUUUGGACAUUCCCCAGUUUUGUAGAUUUAUUGGUUGUUGCUAUGGUUAUUGUAAUCAAUUCUGGAAUUGGUGGAUUUAGCUGAGUGGACCAAGCAUGGUUGAUCCGAUUACAGCCAAUAGUCCGUUUACACUGUCUGAUUACAACUUUGCAGAAUGAUUUAUGGAAAAUGAAACAGCCAAUGCCCCAAUCACAUUUUAGGAAAUUGUAAUGGUAAUGGUUAUCACCUAUAUUUCAGGGGGUGAAGGGACGGAUGUACGGAUUUGAACUUCACAUUCAAGACAAACUGUAUUGCUUGGUUGCUGACAGUCAAUCGGAGAUGGACGCGUGGAUUUCAACUCUGUGCAAAGUCACUGGAAUAGAUAUGGACACGAGCAGUAAAUCCUCCGGUUUCAGCUUCCCUGUGAAGUUAAAAGCACCGAAACUGCAUCAGUCUCUGAGAGAAAGUCUUAAGAGUAGCAAACAUCCAGAACUUCUUGAAUUUGCAAAGGAAACGGAAGUUUUGAACGCGAAACGAAGGAAGGAUGGACGGAAGAAACUUUUUUCGCUAGUGCACGACCUGGACAAUAACGGUACGUGCGUGAAUUACGACGACGCACGGAUAGAUGCGGACGUUUUCCAGCAACACUUUGGAAUGCGUUUAGUGUUGGAAUGCGAGGAACUGAAGUUUCGUCUGUUGAGAACUUUGCACGAUGGCAGUGAGGCAAACAUUGAGCCGUUCUUUUUGUGUAUUGCGUUGUUUGACGCUAAAAUAGGAGCAAAGAUUUCAGAGGAUUUCCACUGUGAUCUAAACGACGCUUCCACCGUGGAAAUGCUCCACGGCUCGGAUCUAAUUGAGAACGGCCAGGCAAAUGGGAAUGGUGUGGAUCAUCCGGAAGUGAAUAGCCGAGAGUUGGAAUAUACUUGUCCGAGAAAGGUAUGACAAGCUGGAUCAAUGUCAGUAUCUGAGCAACCGCGUACCUACCCCUUUCCCUAACCCAAUUAACGGUCAGCUGAUAACAAGUUAGGGUCAAUGUCGGGUUACAAGAGGGGUAGGUGCGCGGUUGCUUCGCUGUCCACGUUCAAUCACGUGGCUUUUUACCACUAUCAUUUGCGUAUUCUGUGCGAGUAAUCUGCGAGCAUCACAAGAAUGAUACGUGGGAAUUACACGCACUUGAUGCGGGUGUAAAACGCUUGAAAUGUAACUCUAUUUAUUCUGAAUGCCUUCAAGGUAUGCCUUUUGCUAUCCUGCAUGUUUUUAAUUAGGCAGUCUUCUCCAUAACAAAUCCCCACUCGGAGGUGUACCUGGUAGUUAGGAUAGAGAAAGUUUUACAAGGAAGCAUCAGUUCGUGUGUCGACCAAUACCUCAAGUCUGGUGACACCAAAAAGAUUGCACAAAAGGCACACAAGCUGGCUGAGGUAUGCUGCAAAAGUCUGGGUCAAUAUGGAAUGCCAUUUGCUUGGACAGCAAGGUUAGUUUUUGUUUAUUAUUUGUUUAUGAUUUUUUCAUCGCUUAUUACGCAAUCAAUCUUACGGUUAUAUUCGAACGAGUUUUUGUGAACACUGAGCUUCAUCCUAUUUUUGGACGCGGCCGGCAUUUGUGGGUCAAGAAAUUAAUGGUAGUCUUGUUAGCUUGACUGGGUCCGGUGCAACCAGCCUUGUUAUUAAGGAAAUAGAACCAAACAGAACAUAGUCAAGAAAUUUUUCUUGGUUUAACCGUGUUCUUUGAGUUUCCUUUUUUUUUCUUUCUUUAACCUUCAACUCCACUGAAUGACAAGCACCUUAUUUCUCCUAACAGUAUUAAUGCGGAAUGAAACAGUCAGGUCACGAGAAUAAAGGAAAAGAUCGCCAAAUAGUGAAGCUCUUGAUUGUCAAACAAAUUCUCCCUGUCUGUACCAUAGGCAAUGUAUAGAAAACAACACGGAGAAUAUACAUAUAGCCAGGUGUUAUGGUGUGAAGGCUUAAGUGUUAACGAGAAUCGACUCUAAGUUAUACUAUUGUCCUUUGUAGAAACAAGAGUCCACAAAGACGAUAUUUGUUGUUUCAUGCUAUUUUCCCUUCACAUUUAACGGCAGUCUUCUGCCUGACAUACCAUUAGUCAAAAUUAUCUCUUAGAGAGUUCAUGUCCUCAGCAAGACAGUUUAUAUUUAUAUUUUGUAGGCCGUUGUUCAACAAUGAUGGGGAACUGGAAAUUGGGGAGUCAACGUCAAUCUACAAACAGGUCCGUUCACGUCAGAAGAUGUGUUUCAGAUAACCUUUUUAAUGGCAGAAAUAUUAUGUGCUUUCUGGAGCAUACUUUUGUUACCUCGUUCAAAAUUAAGUGCAAGGAUUUCCACGUGGACAAUUCUUUCCGUAUUUGUUUUACAGGACAGAGAAAAACUCAGCGAUGAAGAAGUGAUAAAACUGUUGUCAAACUACAGUGCCACGUAAGUCACCUUCAAAACGAAUUCGCUAGACAUUAAAAAUGAACUUUAACUUUACUGUACAAAAUAAGCGACAUAUUUUUAAACGGGACAGUUCUUAAAAAUGCAUGAUUGCAUUUAACUCCAUUUAAUGCCACAUAAUUAAUUUGGAAAUGAUAUAUGAUGGCCUUAGAUUUUGUUCUGUCUGCUUAUUUAUAGAAAGGAAAAAUUCAAGCAACAGGUUAUACCAGGAACGCUGCAUAUUUCUCUAAAGAAAUAUUUCGAAGGAAUACCAAGUAAGCGAAACUACGUAAAGCAAACAAAAGCGAUAAAGCCUCAUCGACCUCGGUCAGGUUUUAACUCAAGGGUUAAAAUUAAAUCGUCAAAACUUUUCAACUUUUAUUUCUGUACUGAAUAGGUCAUUUCACGUUUGUGUACUUAGUUACCAAGCCUUUGAUAUGGAGUGAGGCUGAAGGUGACCUUGUUGUGAUAGAGAGACUAGUAUCUAGUAUACAUGAUAACAACGUAAUUCACAUUUGAUUUGCUGCAACUUUUGUAUCAUAACAAGGUCAUCCCUCGCCUCACUCCUGUUCAAAGGCUUGUCAACCAAGCACACAACUGUAAAAUGGACCAUAAGCCAGAGGGGAAGAGUCGCGAUUUUAUCAAAACAGGCGAGGGAACAUGCCAUGUUUUCAAAGCCAGUCGGUUGGUUGCGUUUACACUUAAUCAAAGAUCGACACCUAUGAAAAACUUGAAAAAUGAUAGGGGGAAAUGAGAAAGGUUGAAUUGAUUCUUGAGCGAAGACCUGCGCUACUUUUCCCUUGAUUGCGAUUUUAAAAUAUGGCUUCAGGCCCGUAAAAAUUACCCGGGUUUUCAGAGAAACGAACCCAAAUCUACACAGCGGUCAGAAAUGGGGCAUUCGCAAGGGGAUCAUUUUCGGGCGCCCGCGCGCCAAUUUCCCGCGCAAAAGGUAUGAGGAAACCAUAAGAUACAAUCACCUUUUCGCAAAGUAAGCGAAAGAAAAUUGAAAUGUUCAUGGAAAUCUGUAAAAAGAAACAAAGGUCAGGAAAAGGAAACGGCCGACUUUUCCAACACAAAACCUAUUGGUGUACGGGUAUCCUGUUGAUUUACCAUUCAGCUCACCGUAUCUUCCAUACUACAUGGGGUAUUGACUAACUUUUGUUUUCUCGAUAGACUCUCUAACGUCGUCACUGGUUCCCGUGAAGCCGUGGGAUGAUUCUCUAAACGUUCGUCCCACAGUUGAAGUGGAAGAAUUCUCACAAUCAUGUCCUGAAGCUGCACAUCCGCACAUUUCCUACGUGAACAACUUCUACGUCUACCCUCUCGCUCUAAACUAUAGCAAUCAAAAAGUUUACUCCAAGGUAAAAUGCCAGUUAAAUAUUUCUGUUCAGACGAACCCUGGUCACGUCUGCCUUGUUGUUUCUUCUCGUAUCCGGUUUUGAUUUCAGGUCAAUAACAGUUAUUGUAACUCGCUAUAUUAUCUUUCCUAUUCAGGCAAGAAACAUUUCUGUGAAGAUUGAAUUCAGAGAUUCUGAUGAUGAAAAUGCGAAACCUCUCAAGGUAUCUCCAAUUGUCUACGAGAUUUACAGUCAUCAUUUGAGGUGUCUGUCCAUCAGAUUUUCUUUCACAUAUUAUGGAAUGGUCAUAUUAACAAAAAAAUUGUUUCUGUGCAGUGUAUAUACAAGAAGAAAGGAAGCCCUGGGUUCACUACGCAUGCUUUCGCUGCCGUUGUUCAUCACUGCACAACUCCCACAUUUUACGAAGAGGUGAGUGCAAGAAUUAUUUUACAUCAUAGCCUUUAAACAAAGGUCCGUUUCUCGAAAGUUCCAAAUCAAAAUUUGAAGAAUAGAAAAGGCUCUGUCACCGGAACCAGUCCAUUGUGUACCUUUGUACUUUUCAAAACCAAAUCUUGAAUGAAAACAGAACAGCUUUGCGGGCCCGUUAAGCGAGACCUUUGAGAAACGGGCACCGGGGGCCCUCAUUAUUAUUGCUACAGGAUGCACGUUUCUCCAUCUUCAGGAAGAUUGGGAACGGAUCGAGAGGGGAGAUUUGCCGAGGGUCUGGCACUAAAUAUCAUCAUCAGUACCAGACCCCUUGCAGACCUCUCGUUGCUCAAGGCCUACUGACGAAGAAAGUGCGUCCCGGAGUGCUUCUAAUGAGGGCUUGCUCCUACGCUAUUCUCAUCAUCACUCCUUUAUUCAGAAACGCCACUUGUCGUUCGACCGACAACUUUGUUCACUGCUGAUUUUAAAGGGUAUACAGAGCUUAUAAGCAAAGGGGGAUAAUCUUUUCCAUAUUCGGGGCUAAUACUGCUCCAUUCAACUUUGAUGCAGUACCUUGGCAACCUUUGUGGUAUGUCAUGAGCAUACAGGCGUGCAAGGUUUAAUGCUAUUGCCUUUAUCACUAUGCUUAACCAAAUCCUAAGUCUUCUGUGGAAAACGACUACUGCCAAGAAACUUGAGAUGAAACUCUUUUCAAAUGAAUGGUGCUGCCUCAAAUGGACCUUCUUUGGGAUGACCCUCCGUUCGUUUGUUUGCAGGUGAAAAUAAAGCUUCCUACUCAACUUACAGAAAAGCAUCACGUAUUCUUCACAUUCCAACACAUUGCGUGCGAACAGACCAAGAGCAGCAGUGGUACAGGAUCAGUCAAGGGUAAACCUCAGCCCAUAGAGACACCAGGUCAGUAACCCAAGGACUUACAGAUUAUUGACCGAGCGUGUAGCUAGUAUGGUUGGAUAUCGGUGAAGUUACAAACGCCAAUGAGAGUAUGGCCAAUAUCUAGCUGUCGUGAGCGAACAGACUUGGUCAACAAAGGAUUAAGUAAAUGGCCAAAACCCGUUUAGCGUUUUUCCCUGUAAUCUUGAGCGUGUAAGGUGGCUCGUUACAGAGCCAACCGCAUAAUGCAUACGAUUUAUUGAUAAAGAUCGUGCUACUUUUUAUGAUCUAUCGAAAUCUAUCAGUUCAAGUCUCUGGAGCUUUUACUUAAGCAUUUCAAGAGAGACAGAGCUCUAUCUUCAGAAAUGCACGGAUAUUAACGGGAAAACAACGAGGGCAGAUUGUUUGAGCGUAAUUCAUUGAUUGACGCACACUUCUUUCCAUUUGCGCUUCAGUUGGAUAUGCAUGGAUGCCCGUGCUACAUGGAUCAAUGUAAGUAUACUAAACGAAAUGAUGACGUUUUAAUUACGUUUAAAAACAUUCGAGUGAAUUCAAACAAAUCUGGACCUUCCCUUUUCCUCCUACACCUGAUUUACGUCUAAAAACUGACCCCGUCGCCAGUUGUAAUCCGUGUAGAUUAAAAUAAAUGUGGAACUUGUUUGUUCCUAUUAUACUGGUGGCUUUCUAAAACUGACAGAAGAAAAGUAUGUCCUUGUUUUUUCAGCGUAAAACUCAACUAAGUAAUUUUCCUUUUAAUCUGUUGAGUCUGGAGUUAAAUAAUCCAAAUGCUUCUUCGUUGCUAGGAAAUCAUAAUACAAUGUUAACCCAAAAUUGGUAUUUCCUUUCCGUAGCAUUAAGACGGAAGAAAGUAAUCUGUUAGUUGGCCAAGUAGCUCCCAGUGGCUACCUCUCCGCCUACUUUGCCGGACUCAAGAGGGUAUUUAGAUGAGUCUAAGUUGUUUUCGCUACCGUUUGCUAUACAAUUGUUAAUGCAAAGAUACAGUGUAGCAUCUUUUUAAUGUAAAAUGGAUUUUUCUGAUAGGAUAUCUUUAAAAUUACAGUGGCACAAGAUAUAAUAAUGAUGACUGGAAAAGCAAAUGUGGAUUAAGAGUCUCUAAAUUUCUCCUUCAGAUCUUGCGUUCUCUCGGAGAGAUCUCGGAAUUUGCAUUCAUUUUCGAAAAUAAAAGAGAGGGCUGGAGUUAUAGGACUUGACAAGAGUCGCUUUUGAUCUCUUUUCUGCGGCACGCAAAAUUGUCUUCAACUCUAGGACAGCUGCACUGAAAAUUUGGUGAUAUACUAAUUAUGAAAAACAUCAAAAAGGCCAAUUUGUAAGAAUAAGCCAGAAAGGACCGUAUAUGUCCAAGGAUGGAGAAGAUUUCAAUGGUUACUAUUCCUAAGUUCUUACGUUCUCCGUCUUAACAGGCAACUGGCCCCGAUCUAAAAUGGGUCGACAAAGAGAAACCGCUGUUCAAAGUUUCCACCCGGCUAGUUUCCACAAUCAAUACUCUGGUAAGUGUUGCCGACAAAAGCAUUGUCCAGUUGAAAGUAUUAGGUGCUUUUAAUUUCUCAGUUAUCUUUGUCACCAUUUAUAUGUAUUAUUGAUCUGUGGGUUUCGUUGCUUUUCUCAUUGUUCGUCUGUUUGUUUCAAUUUAUUUUUUUUUAUUGUCCGCAGGAUCUUGAGGUGGACAACUUUUUCCGUCAUUGUCAGAAAUUUGACGGAUCGCCAGCUAUGGAUAUUGAGAUGGUGAAAAUUAUUAAGGUAGAGAUUGUGUUCUCCGCUGGCAUAAUGAAACGAAAUAGGUGGGGCCUGGGAAUGGAUCGUGUUCAUUUGUCGGGCAGUUUCGCCAUCUCAGGCUCUUUCUUACCUCAGUAUACACCCGCCCAACCACUCGUAAUUCCUAAAUCUUGUCAGUAAUGAAGUUCUGAAAAGGAUGUACUCGUGUAAAAUAAGUGUCAGAUUUUGGCGAUCACCCUUGCAUAGCUACCGUCCUUUCUCUGAGGACUUCAAAAUUGUUUAGCGUGAUUUUUACUUCCCACUAUUUCACUUUUACAGCUGCUGAAUGCUGUUGCUGUUGGCACAGUGGCAAGAUUCCUGCCAGUUAUCUUCAACCAGCUUUUUCAUAUUCUCGUUGUUACAGGAAACGAGGAUGUUUCUCUAAAUGUGGUCAGGUAUGUGAGUUAUAUGCGAUAGAAAUACGCGAUGAUACGCAAAUUUUCGUUCAUACUCUUACGCAGUGGAAAAUUGAAAUAACAGUUGUCCUUUUCAAGCACGUUGGUUCCAAACCAGAAAAAGGUGCAAAUGUACCAGGAGCAGCCAGAGGCUCAAGCUUCUUGAACCUCACUGUAAGAAAGACGCGUUCAAAAUUUCUUUUUUUUCCCAAGAACUGGUAAAGACUGGAAUCAGCUCCUCCCCGAUAUGCCUGAUGUUACGUCGCUUGCCGAAUUUAAGAAUUACCUUGUUUCAUUAACUUAAUAAGAACGUGUCGAGCGUGUCAAUUUGUAUAGUCAACUUUUCAUUCUAUAUUAUACUUAUUUUAAUUUUUGCUUUUGCAUUUUGUAAGUGGUUAUUGUGUUCCCUAACAGUGAAUAAGGGGGCACUAUGGUCCACGGCCAUCUUGGAUGUCAAUCCGGCCUUGUGAUUGGUUUAUUUGUGCCACGUUGUGUAAAAUACUCUUCUCUGAUUGGUUGUGUACCUUGUACUUCUUACUUCUUCAUAUACUUGCUGUUUCUUGGCAGGGUGCUGAUUCGAAUCACGGCGCAACUCGACGGAGCGAACCGAUUAGAAGCUUUGAAAUCUUAUGUCAAGGUUUGUAUUUCUUGUGUUCGUUCGCCUGCCUGAUAAAUGGUCUUUCCAAGCCGGUGAAUAUCAGUAUUAUUGUCUCAAACUGAACUUCAUACAGUUGUCUCAUAGCAUUCAAGGUGAGCAUCAACGAAGUCCAUCUUGUUGUGGAAGUAUUUUAACAUCUGUCUCACUCUUCUGUGACGCUCAAAACUACCUUCAGAGCGAGGAAAAACGUAAGCCAAAACAUAAUCGAACGUCAAUUUUUUUUUCGUCAAUUUUUUUCCUUUAGUAUGUAUUCGUCACAGAGCAGCCUCUGGACAAUAAAAAUACGAUUCACGAACAGCUCUCAAAAUACUUAAUGACGACUCUAAAGCCUGGCGCUGAUCCGGCGGUGGUCAAAGAUCUCAUGAAGGUACAAUAUGUUUGCAAACUUCAACGAAAAGGGAGUGUAGAACAUAGAAUUUUAGGCUUUGAUAAGGGUUUUCUUUAUACGGGUACGGUGAUUACUGCGAGUCAAUCGUUAGGCGAUGCAGUAGAGGAGGACUAUGUAAGUGAAACAGGGUAUCUGAUUGACUUACACUCGUUAGUGUUAAAACUCAGAAAUGUGUACAUAUGCUGAUUUGUCUUGGGUCAAUUUUGCUCGUGGAUAUGCGAAGCAUAGGGACGAGCCAUGUGAGGAUUCGAUAUGUAAAAUACGUGACAUCAGCACGGACUUAUGAGUCUGCGGAGAGCAUGCGUCUUAUUAAAUGUAGUGGGCUGAUGAUUAGAUAUGGCGGAUCCAUUAGGGAGGACUCCUGUGGGGAUAGCGGCUCAAUUCUGUUUCUCCGAAUCACAGCGACAUUGGCCUUUAAUCCAAUCAUUGUAUAUUCUACUUAUAUUCUGCACAUUAUGUCCACUAGUUUACCCUAGUAUUAAUUUGAUUUCGAGUUCCAAUUAAUUAUAGGAAACAUAAAUUGACACAGUAUUAUCGUGAUUUGCGUUUUGAGAGUUUUACAAGGCAGCUCUGCUUAAAGCGAACUGUCUACGUAAUUAUUUGUAUGCUGAGAUACUCAACUAAGAUUUGUUUAAAGACGACAGCUUAUCAGCUCAUUCCUAUUCAUCACUUUAGGAUGUAACCUUCCACCGUUUUGUUUAUUUUUCAAUAAAAAACAGUUCAUGCUAACGGAGCCAAAAGAAGGUCGUUGGUUUUAGCUCACUUUAUUGUGUAAAACUGUGUUAUUUGCUUCUGCAGUUGUCGUGGUUUUUCUUCGAGAUAAUCGUGAAAAGUAUGGCUCAGACUCUCGUGCAAUCAGACAAGUUGAAGGUAACUUCACAACAUGCAUUUCAAAUCACAUUUUAUUUUCUCUACGUUUACUUUCUUGGAUCACACGCAGUACUGACACAAUUGUGUGUUAAUUUCUGUAUUUUACCACAAAGACCACAGUAUUCAAGUAGCUGAAGUAUAUUAGCUUUUUUGUAGAUUCCAAGCGGACACAACGUGGCAAAUACUGUAGUAACUUCGAAGAAUCAACGUGAAGAUCGCACAUGCCGUGAAAACCCGUAGUAACCCCUUAUAUCGUAACAUAAUUACGCAUAUUCUCAAUGUUAUCUAAGUAAGACUUUGAAUCUCUAUAGUUAAUUCGCAACAAAUAAAUUGUAUAGCAGGCUCAUGAAAUUAUUACUGAUCAGGUGCUUUUCUUUGUUGGAUUAUUUGCAGAGAUUGAACCGUGAGAGCUGGUUUCCAGAGAGCUACAAUCGCUGUUUAGAGAAUUUCCUUCAAGCUUUUGUGCCCCAAAUCAUCAGCAGAUUAAAAGACCAUCCCCAAAUAGCAAAGGUUUUGUUUUUGACAAUAUUAUCUCUCUCGUUGUCGUCGUUUCGUUGAUAUCCGCUACAUUGGUAAGAGUAAUUUCAAUUGAGUGUCGAAAGUAACCCGGGAUUGCUUUGGUUUUACUCAACUUAACAUUGCUCCGUGAUUGGCCCAGAAAACUCGCCACACCAUCUUCUCAACCAAUCCGAUGCAAAAGCAGUUUGUUAGUUAUCACUUUGAGUUCUCAUUGGCUAAUGAUAACGUAAACCUUUCUUCUGAUUGGUCCUUGGGAUUACUUUGGUUUUAUUUUUUAGACACUCAAUUAAACUGCUGUACUUGUAGACAGAGAUAGAGAGUAAGUCUAAAGAAUUAAUUUUUACCUCGUUAUUUUCUUGACGUUCAUUUACUGUCGUCCUUUAGGAAGCAAAUUUCCACUUGGCUUGUUUCACCAAGGUAUGCUAAACAGUUAAUUAUUAACAAGAUCUUACCAGAUGAUAUUCAUCUGUGACAACUGAACUACGAUUUAAUUCGAGCGUUUCUUUCAUUAUCUUAAAGAAUUGUCAUCGUAAGGAUAACAGUAGCUUUUUCCAAUACUGCCGAGUAAUUCUACCAUUCUUCAUUUGACUUCUGAUGUGAAAUUUUCUUUCGUUUUACGUUGAUCCCCAUUUUUUUAGUUUCCAUUUUUUCGGCUCAGUUUCUUCGCGUGUAUUUCAUUUAAAGUGAUGUUUUUUUAUGUUUAGGACUGUUUCACGUACUUAGACCGUGGAUUUGUCUUUCAAAUGAUCAGUUAUUAUUCUGAACAGUUUAAAGACUCUGAUACACAGGUAAACGUUUGUUUGUCUUAUGUUAUGAUCGAGGGCCCUGCUAACCCCCCUGCAACGAGAAAGAGGGUCCAACACCCUCCUCUCUAUUCAGGAAUGACACAUCCGUUUUGGUAGUAACUUUCUCCCUCUUUUUUGACAUGAAUAUGUAUCUUGACCGCUGGUCUUCUCGUAACUGAACACUCCACGGGUUUAACCUUUUACUGUAGUACUCUAUAACCUUCUUCCUACUUCUAGCCAUUGUUAUUGUUGAUGUUGUUGUCAUAUUUGAAUAAUGGCUCGAUUCGAAUAGAAAUUUGAAAACUUUCCUGACAUCUUUUCCCUUUGUUUGCGUCACAAAAGCAAUAUAUUUAUGUAGCUAAAGCACACAAUCACUGAAUAACGUCAUGGCAUUUGAGUUUUUCGCCACUGGCACACAUCUUACAGAGUGAAAACUGUGCAAAGGGGGUAACUCGAUCCUAGACUGGUCUUGAGUCUGUAAUUUGAUGAUCUUGGUGGACAAAUUCUUUGAAAAGUCCUAUCCAUCUUGGAUAUAUUUCCAACUUGACCGUUUGAAAGGGUUGUCCUGGUUUAAAUUUAAACCUUACCGUUGACUGAUUUUAUCUGUGUACUUUUCAGAUGCUUGAAUUUAAAUUCGAAUUUCUUCAAGUUGUUUGCAAUCACGAGCAUUACAUUCCUCUCAACUUACCACUGGACGUCAGAAGUACGUUUUAAACUAAAUUUAUUACUUUACUUUUUAUUAAGUGUGAUAUUAAAGGUCGCACCGCACACACUCUGACUAGCUGAUACCAUUGCUCAGCUUCUUAUGGGUAUUUUCGUAAUAGAAACACUUAUGGACGCCAGUAAGUUUCCCAGAGUGGGGGAGAGGGGGGGUAGACUUGGGUCAAUUUUGCUGGGUGUGUGCUGCUGGCCCUCCCCUAUUGUAGUCUGUUGUGUGGCCAAUUAUAGACCCUAUUUUAUUCACUUUGGAAAAUGAAAUUUUCACGAUCUCAACGGCAACAACUUUUUAAUCGCCAACCAGAAUUUUCUUAGCCCCCAAAUCCCGAAAAUAUGCGGCCCCACUCUGUAACUCUAUUGAAAAUGCAACCUCAUUUUGGUCAACCAGUUGUGAAAAUGCGACCCCAUCCAGUGGCACAUCUCCAUCAGCCUAUAACUAGAAAGUAACCCCCCGGGCAGGACCCCCUCCCCCCCUUCUGUCUUUCGUCACGCAUUGAAAGUUUUCGAGUUAAAUCUGUUUUCAAAGGUUUUCCUUCUAACCCUUGAUUUUAAGAACCUGACUCGAGGAUCGCCACGCGUUUCUACCAGUUUUGGUAACCCGCUGGUUGUCUUUUUACACGGUCCUAGCCUUGAAUAAUAUAAGAUUACCACCGUAUGAAAACUUUCAAGCACAUUUACAAACUCUGCUUGUUAUGACCGGUUCACGUCCGGCGAAACAUGUCAUAAACUUUAAGGACUACACAAUGCACUGAAAUGAUGCAUUCAUCAGAGUCAGAGCUUCAAUUGUCAUGUCCCAUGACAUUGUUGUUAUCGUCCUCCCAGAUCUUGGCGGUGUUCAUGAGUGUGAGCUGACCGACGAUUACUGUAAGAGGUAUUUCCUUGUGGGACUUCUUCUACGAGAGGUAAGGACUAACAUAUGCGCUCGUAUUAUAUUCCAAACACAAACCCCAUCGCCAAAAACACCAGCAACGAUCAACUGCAACCUUUGUCCAAAGAGACCAUUUUAAUUUCAAAACACAGUAACCACAGUCACUCUCAAAUCCUCUGUUUCAUCUGCUGUUCUCAGUCGUUGCUGUAUUUUUUAUGCCGUCCCGCAAUUCUUUUGUAGGUCUCCUCUGCUCUCACACAGGGCCGACACAUCAGAAAACUUGCCAUUAGGGUGCUAAGAAACAUGCUCGUUAAACAUGAACUUGAUGACCGUUAUGAAGGAGAGGUGAGUAUAGACCUAAUGCAUGUAUUGUAGCCGCUCAUAAAGCGGAAAAUUUUACGCACCCUCUGGUUCGGUUAAGGGAAAACGUCGACCUUUGCCCAGUGGUUGGCAUGCUGUUCUUGAACGAGACACCUCACUCUCACAAUAUCUCCAUCCCCCUCCCGGAAAUGGUAUUGGAUACCGUCAAACUUUCAGGUAAACCUGAUGAUAUGCAGGGUAAGGUGAGGACCUAGAAGGGGGGAAUUUACCCGUGAUAGACUAGCAUCAUAUCCGAGAGGAGUAUCAGUACUCUGUCAGUCACGGCACCCCUCAGAAACCUGGAUAAGCCCCAGCGGCUCCAAAGGUCAUUCUCCGUGCAGACUUCGCUUUGCUCUUUCCUUCGUUUGAAAGAACAGAAUUUUGACCAACUCUUAAAUAACAGAGCUUCUUUAUUUUGUGUCCACAGCAAAAGCAAGCCCGUAUAUGCACGCUUUACCUUCCCCUCCUUUCGGUCCUUUUGGAUCACGCACCUCGUUUCCAUGGUAGCAAGUAUGAAUUGUCGAACCCAAUCCUCGCGCAGCAAAUGUCCCAGACCUCUUCGACGAUGACUGUUCCCGGCAGUGAAUUUGGUGCAGACUCAAAUCGCAGCUCGGCGGCGAUGAAGCAGAGUCCGAGUGAUUCACUCACUCAGCAGACAGCUGCUCCACUCAGAGAGGCGACUCAGAUCGCUCUGCAAGUGCGACUAGAUGAGGACGAGACAAAGGAACUCCUUCUAUGUGCUUUGUACAUCACCAAGAACUUAGAGCAAGGUACGUGAAGUUGGCUCUCUUCGAGUGAGUGGCGUAAUAGACACUACAGCGGAUUAAGUAAAAGGGAAAUACAUGGAAAAGAGUAGAGAACUCAAAGUUAACACAACCGUUUUCUAUUGCGCAAGCGUGCGAGUUACCAAUUCACUUUUGUUUACGUUUUGCGUCUAAAAUUGAAUAGUUCAGAGAGUGGCACGGAGCGAAGGGAAAAAGGCAAUCUCGGAUUACUUUCGACUCUCACUCGAAGACUGCCUAAUACGUGGUUUUAUUCUGUUAGACACUGCUUCCUAGAUAAUGAAUAGCGUUUUACGAGCUUUCACCCUCAUGAAGUCUUUUUCGCGUACGGAUUUCUGUGAAAACUUGUUCAAACUGCUUGUAUGCUUCAUCUGUGGAUAGAUGAGCGCGGGGCAAGCUUACUCUUUAGAAAUAUGCUAUCAUGGUGUCGUUUCCACGUUGAUAACUCCGGGUCCUUUUCAGCGUAUUUUAAAUUUCUAGUGUCUCUCGCACGCUUCCAACCCCAAGGUGAAAUGAUUUUUACUCAGGUGUGAUCCUGGACUGGUGGCGCCAGAUCUUGUCAUCUACCGUCAAACGUCCUCACUGGCACCCUACAGUUCUGUAUUUGGUGCAGCAGGACAAGAACUACUGCAAAUUCGCCGCCAUUAUCGAUGUAUUUGAUUUGCUCGAGUAAGUUGUCGCAAAAGUGUUUUUGUUCCUUGAUUUUUCUAUUAUUUGUAGUAUUGUUGUUAUUAUUAUUAUUAUCAUCAUCAUCAUCAUCAUCAUUAUUAUUAUUAUUAUUAUUAUUAUUAUUAUUAUUAUUAUUAUUAUUAUUAUUUGCAAGAGGUUAUAAACGUCAGUUAACUGCGCUUCAUCUUGAUGUAUAUUUGCAGACUUGCUUUAAAGCACUUUCAGUACGUUGGAGAGGAUAAAAUAACUUCUUACAGGUUAAGUGAUUUAGGUUUUAUUGUUAGAAUCGAGGAGAAGCUGGAUAUCUGACUGACAGACUGACUGGCUAACUGACGGACUUACUGACGGACUGGUGUGAUGUCGAAUUGACUGAUUGAUUAACAGACAUUUUGACUGACCGAAUGACUGACUGAUGUAAUAUUUAACAGUCUUCCCAUUCAGUGCGUUGUGGUAGAGUCAUAAAUGCACAUAACUUUCACAUACGUACGUAACUUUCACAUACGUACGGAUUUACGCCUUUUAACUUGCUAAAUUCCUAACUAUAAACACUUGUCCGUGCAAAGACUCUCUUUGUAAGGGCUUAACUACAUUGAAGGGAAACCCUCCUUUUACUACGAACGCUCAAAGUUACAAGAGCACUGUCGACGAGUUGAGUUUUAAUCUGUUUCCUUAUGGUUAGGAAGUUUAAAUUUGAACUAUUCUUUUAAUACAGCUUGAAAAUUAUUGGCCGUACAUAAGAGUUUUCUGUGAGAACCGUGAAGUUUUACAAACCUCUUUCAUGGGUGCUUGGCAUAUGAAUUCUUUUUUACGCAUGCAAAGAAGUAACGCAGCUUGACAAGGCUACUGAGGAAGGCUUAGAUCAAGCGGAAGGGAGAUGAUCUCGGUUCCAUCCAUUUUGGAAGAGGUCGAUAGUUUUGGUACCUGCGUAACUUGAACUAACAAUCCUAAAUACAGAAUUCUAAUGUAUGUCUAAAAUAAGGUAAAUUGUAGACAACACGAUGUCAAAAAAAGUUAGCGUUCUAAUUUUUUGCCAUUAUCUGUGCUUGUCGCGCCCUUUAAGCACUCUUUAAUAGUGAUAGUUCCCCUUCUUGACUAAAUGUUAAAAGAUAUGCAAUAUUAACCUGGUUAAUUUUAUGCUUUAAACAGGGAUUUUGAAUAUCUUAGAGCGAUAUGGCCUCCAUUGAGCAACCAAAAGUACGAACGUAACAGCGUAUUCACUUAUUAUAACAAAUAAUUUAAAAAAACAUUGUUAAUGUUUAACGUAAAUAUGACCCUUAAAUAAGGCAGUUACCUUAACAGUUCUUCUGUUCGGCUGUUAUUUGCAAUAUAACUAAUUAAGCAGUAACUUGAACUAAAUAUUCAGGCUUCUACUUUUUGUGUACUGAUCGCAUGGAAUAAUCUUGAGAAUGUGGCGAGAACGACGGAAUUUGUUCUGCUAACUACUGUGUACGUAAAAAAAAUAUUUCUCUUAACUUUCGAUUUUGCAAUUUCACAUUGACUCUUCAUCAUGUAAUCUUGUUAAAAAUAUUCAUUAACAACGGGUAUUAAAAUCCUACACUUGUCUCUUUUUGCAUUUCGUAAUUCGCUUACUUCAAUCGGCAUAAUUCUUUAUUGAUGUAGUAGCUGAUGGAAGUGGUUGCGUUGUUCUUGUUCCUGAUAAGUUUUAUAGAUUGUAGCUUAGUUUAUUUUUGUUUGUGUUUGUUUGUUUGUUUUUUUUACUUAUUCCUUUGUCUUUCCGUCGGUCUGUCUUUCCGUCGGUCUGUCUUUGUUUCUCGGCUCUUCAUCUUCAUCUUAAAACAAGCGCGUCUUAGCCUCUGUGGACCCCCCCGUUUUCCGUGACAUGUACAGGUCCAAUAAUCAUCGUGCCAUCAAUCCUACGCCUUCUUUCAAUAAUUACAUUGUUAUUUCAACCGCUUUAGCGCGCCGAGUGAAAGCACCAAACAGUUCCUUGAGCAUAAGUACCAGGGUGGAGUCUCUAACCAUGGGAAGACACGACACUCUCGAGCAGCGAGCAGCGGAGGUAAGGAUUUAUAAAAUUCCUCUGGAUGUGUCACUUGCCUGCCAAGAAAUAGGUUGUAAGCUAAAUUAAAUUUCAGUUUCAAGGAAUACUAAAUAAAUUGAAUCGAUGGAUUCAAAUCAAUUUUUCGUCCCAGGCAAUACGAUUGCUCUGUGCAUGCCCUCUAGGCAAAGCCCUGGAUAAACCACGUUUCAAUCCAUUCUUAAAGGGCAAACUCUUUCUCAGGAAACGAUUCGAUUGGUUUCAGUUGUUGAAAUAACUAUUUCCCAUGAUUUUGGCCUGACUAGCAAUGUUUUUUUCUCUCUUCAACUGUACUUUCAAAAGGGUUAACUCUCGAUACUCGCGUGCUCAUGGAAGGAAAUCUUGCCAAUGAAGUUGGUCUUAUUGUGUUGGACACUAUUGAACUGUUUUGUGGUCAUUUUAAGGUAAGUGACACUGGACACUGUCUCUAGUAACGAGUAACUCUAUGCUCAUCUCAGUUCCCAUUUCAUGAAUGAUUAAUUUCUGAAAAUACAAGUGAUAUCUUUAGGGAUGUCAUGGACAAUCAGGUUUCACUGAAGGGCGUUUUCAAUUGAGUGUUGAAAGUAAUCGAUUAUUGCUUUGGUUUUGCCAAACAUCGCUUUGUGAUUGGUCAAAAAAAAAAAACCUGCGCCACCUUCUCAACCAUCAGAUUUAAAACUCCAACCAACCUCGAUCUGGAGACACGUUUUCCCGCGCUUCAUGCAGUUCUGCUGUUUUUGAUCAGAGUUUUAAUUGGCUCAUGAUGAUGUCAAUUUUCGCUCCGAUUGGCUGUGGUGAUAACUGUGUUUUUUGAAAUUGAAAUGAAAACCGUUCUUAUUUACAGCCGAAGAAUUUUACAUAUUUGAGGAGACUACAAAAAGUUACACCUUGCACUUCUAAGUUAUUGUCGCGUGUUAUUUUAUUAACCACUUUUGUAACUGUUAUCUAAAGCUUUCAUAUUUCUUCUUACCAAAACAAUUCCGGACUUUUUACAAAUACACUUUGAGUAUUUUUAUGAUGAAAAUGAUUGAUCUGUUUUUACAAUUAAAUUUUGUCAUGAUUUAUUUUGUCACUGUUUAUUUUUUUUAAUUCUUUAGUAUCACUUGGAGCAGGAUGAUGGAGAUAAUUUACUGAUGAAGAAGGUACGUGACAUUGGGAAAAUUCUUCCAGGCCAAUAACUUGUAAUAAUUUUCAUUAUGUUGUUAUUUUAUUUCUGUUGUCCUUGCUUUAGCACCUUUCCCUUUAGAGGAGGAAAACUUUAUCUUGGAAUCACUUUUUUGAUUUAUUGUAAACUGGGGAACGUCAUGAAAAUUUUGCGUCCUCGAAACUUUCCUUAAACUUUAUUCCUAGUUAGUUUCCCCCCCCCCCCCCCCCCUUAUACGUUAAUUGUAUUUAAAAUCACAUUGUGUACCCGUCUCUGCCGUUCGAAGGAAGAGAAGGACUUGUUAUUGUAUUGAAUAACAGAGUUCUCAUUUGUCGUCUACAAAACAUGGCAAAAAUUCGAUGUUUACAGCUGUUUUCGGAUCAGUACUUCAUCAUUGCAUUAGUUUAAUAUAGAACUAGGAUAUGAAACAUAUAGAGAGUUAAUGGAAUAUCUUUGAGUACCUAAAGGCAACGCAGUGCGUGGUAAAAUUUCCUUUUGAUUAUUCGUCGCUCUAAUUGUCAAAGCCAUUUGGCUGUUAGUUGUUACUGUAACAGACAGGUAACAGAUUUCCACUUUGUAUGCUUAUUCCAACAGGUGUUUAACGUGCUGCUAAGCUUUUUACAGAUUCCUCAGUCUGAGUUCAUGAUGAAACACGUGUUUGCAAGUCUUAGAUCGUACAUCAACAAGGUAACAAAUCGACUGAUCAUCUAAGCACUUUAUUAUUUCUUUCCAUUUUGUAACUGUUAAAACAAUAUAUUCGCAAAGAUAUGAUAGGAAACACUUUUGCGUUAGUGUGUACUUGUGUGGUUAAUUUCGCCUCUGAUUGACAGUGAACAUAGUAUGCUAUUGCGCUGCUACUUAGUCUUUUAAGAUAUUUAGUCCUGAUGAAACGGUUCCAGAAUUCUAAUCCAGCAUCAGUUAAACGUUGUUAGAUGAAAGGUCAGGAACCACUAGUUCUCUCUGGUCUUCUCGGUUUAGCACUAUUCAUGAUUUCGCGCGAGGUUGAACAUUCUGUGAUUGGUUAAUCUCCCUCCCCAUUCCUCCCCUCCCUUUUCUCUUUUCUCUCCCUUCCCUCCCCUCUCCGUUUUCUUUUGCUCCCAAAUCACCUUGCACUUCAUGCUUUAGUAUUCGUGACAUAGUAUGACAAUUCUCAACAGUGAAGUGGGCACCUCUCUAUCUUAUGCUACCGAUUUGUAAAACGUUCUUUAAUGUUUUCUUGUUUUACUUCAGUUUCCAGCUGCUUUGUACAAGGGAAGCGCUAGCUAUUGUGGCGAUCUUUGUCGUGAGGUAAAUAUUUGAGUUUAGACGGAUCAUUUUCCGUUCAAUGAAAAAUUUUUGCAGUUCUUGUAGCUUGCUUUCCCCGGUCAUCUUUGUUUUAUAUAUUUUCAUUUGCCGUGUAAAUUGUCUCUAUGUUAUUUAAUGUCAGUGAUGUAUCUAUCUUUAUCUUCCUUGGCUAGAUUUUAAGCUGUUGUAACUCAAAAAUGGAAAGUCUUCGAAACCAGGUGCGUGGAUUACUUAAUAACGUCUUGUCACCUGUCAGUCAAAACCGAGCUAAAACGACCUUUGGAAAUCUCUAUAUAGCAGGGAUAUAAUUGAUGUAUUGUCGUGCAAUAAAAUUUGUUGUCAAAUAUUCAAACUCAGACCAAACCUAAAUCAGUUGUCGCCUAACUCCUCGAAGAUUAUUUCCCGUCGACAGGAAGAUAUAGGUUCACUUAUCGAUCCCCUUCUUUGAAAAGAUUUCUCUCGGUUGUAUCUCGCUCAAUUUAUUGAUCAAACGCCGGGAGUAGGAUAAAUUGCUUCUUCGAUAAACGGAACGAAAUAAGCAUGUGACCUGUGAGAAAGAUGCGUUUGUUGCCUUUUACCAUGACUUUUAACACUGGUUGACAAUCACUGGUUACGAAAAAACCUUGGUUCGGAUAUCGUGGAAGUGACUACAGAGUAAGAAACGGUGUCAUUAUCGCGCCAUGACAUGAGUGGUGUGUUUCUACAACGACAAGUCGCCGUCUUUCUAACGACAAUAUUACCAUUUGCAACUGUAUGUGUUUUGCACGAGAGAAUUCUGUUCGUGGUUUUUUUCGGGAGAAGAUUGUUAAUUUGCAAUUGUUUAACGGCAACUUUUUAUCUGAAGGAAAAAGAAAACGGUGACCUACACGGGCCAUUUUCCAUCACCCAUAGAAUUAUGAUUAAUCAGCAGCCUGAUAGCAAUUGCUAAUCUCUUUAGUUAUACAAUGUUCAUGCAAAUUAUAGUACCGUGGCUAGAAAACAGAUCCCCAGAUUAUUUCCACUCCUGUUUUGCACGCAAGAAAUGAUUUUAUAAUAUUUUUGUAGUUUUGUUUUGAUGGCUCAUUCUUAAUGUCUUACUAAGAGGAAUGUGUUUUGUAUUUGCAGGCCUGUUCGUUUCUCUACCUGUUGAUGCGAAGUAAUUUUGAAUUCAGUGGAGGACAAGGUUGUGAUCGAGUCCACUGGCAGGUAUAAUCACAUGAUUAGAGAAAUAGUAGAGAUUUUUUACAACCAACAUUAUGCGAAUGGCGAAUAAUAAAAAUGGACUUAAGUUUUCCUGUCUUCAUCUUAGCCUUUUGUGCACUAAGGCGUUAACAUUUAUAUCCGUUGUGAAUUGAUAAUUUUGUUUUCUUCUAUUGAAUUGGAUUUUUUUAAGGAUCUACGUGAAAUUCGCUGUUCCUGUUUUCACUAAAAGUGGUUUUUAUCUCUCUGUGGACUCGCACGAUUACUAUUUUGGGCCUGUGGUGGCAGACUACAUCCGUUUUUUAUGUGAAAUUUUAUCCUUUUGAAAGUCAGAAAAAUCACGUCUUUUCGGUGCAAUUCUGCUGAAGGAUAUUUUCCCGUAAAUUAAUCUAUGAAGUGUCGAAAGGCUCCAUGGAGUCGACAUGAAUGUGGAAAAAAAAAACGCUGCUGUCUCUUCGUUAUGCUUGGUUUUUAAAUCAGAAUCCGCCCGUAUUUGACAAUCCAAGAAAAUUUUUUUCAAGGCGCUAAUCUAGUAUUUGUGCUAUUCCCUGCACCGUUGGUGGCGGAACUGUUAAACUUACUUAAAGUUUUCAUUACGCGAAAACGUGAUGCACCCUCAAAUAAGGAAUAUAAUUGUAAAGUUCUAUUUUAUAGUUUUGAAUUUGUUAUGACCCCUUUUCACUGUAAAGCUCGUCUGAUCAAUUUAUCAAAAAAAAGGAAAAUAUUCCCAAAUGUCAAUGAAUUAUUUUAAUUUGAAAUUUCAACUAACCAUCCUUUUAUGCCUUGGAAAAAUGAAAAAUACAAAUAAAUGAAUUGAGCACUUAAUGAAAAACCUGCCUUGAAAAUGAAAUGUAGUACAUCAGGUGUAAAUGAAGUUCCUCUCGCCUUGCUUGUCCCUCAAGUUUGGCUUGUAUUUCGCUUAACUCUGCCUUAAAUAUCUUGUGGAUACCAAAAUUUUUUUGUACCUUUCGCUAGAAUCAGUUUUUCAUAUAUCAGAAAUUAUUCAUAUCGCAGGCCACUUGCGGUUAUAAUUCAGUUGAGAAUUAACAUUUCUCCUUAUCGCCAACACAGGUGAUAACCAAAUGGUAAUUUUUUACUGUCAUACUUUCACAAUUGCCUUGUUCAAGGGAUUAAAAUUUGUUUUUCAUAUUUUAAUCCUUACGCGUAUGUGAUCUUGUACACGGAUAUAUUUUGAAUAGGAGUCCAAAUCCCUUCCUUUAUAUUAGUAGCUUUUCCUGGUAAUUUCGUUCAAUGAAUUUUACCGCAAUCAAUUUCUAAUUACCAAUACUUCAUCCUCAAAGUCGCUCAGUUUCAAAUCACAUAAAUGACAGUUUUUAAAUAAAAAAAAUUGUUUUAUAUGCAGUCUACGGUUCUAAAAUAUAUUUGUACUGUGGAUUAACAGAGCAUGGUAGUUUGAAGCCGAAAGUGUCGAAAUUAGGUAAUCAGAACCAACACAAAUGCCUAGAGAACGAUAAUUUGCAAACUAAAACUCCUUUCGACAAAAAGGUACGUGUGUAAUUAUCAUCUUUGGUCGCUUCAUGGCUCAAUCUCUUUUUGAAUAGAACUGAUGGCAUAUCCUCCAGAAGUCGGUAAAAUGAGUUGCUAGGUAAGCGAAGGGAGGAAUACGACUAGCGAUGCGUUUAAGUAUCUUGCUCAUCCAUCCGUGUGUUGGUUCUCAUUCGUAUGAGCGUUCAUUUCGCUAACACAACAUGAAUGUUAUUUUUCUCCAGAGCAGUUCUGGUUGUGUUGGGGUGUAACACCCAGUUGAAUUAACCCUAGACUGAAGUAGACAGGAACGCAUUAGCGCUAGAUGUUGUAAAGAAAAUAUCAGUCACAUUUAGAGUUAACAUUUUUUUCCGAAAAUUUUCCUGUAUCUUGGCGUGUUUCGUCUUUGUUGUUUCUGUUAUUCGCUCGGUCUUUAAACACUCCCAUAAAAUUUUUUUCCGAACUUGAAUCUUAGUGUGGCUGCAUUUCCUAUAUUUUGUGGAAUAAUCAUCGAAUCGUAGACAAAAUAUGUCUAGAGACGUAAUGACACUUGGUUUCAUGAUUCUUCAUUUGCAUGCACUAAGGUACAAUCAAUCUAUCCUAGAGAAUCAUAAGUCGCGGUCUUGUCGAACAUGGACGACACCAAGCUAAGAUCAAAUAUUUCACGAUCAUUUAAUAUCAGCUGGACAAUGUUUUUUCGCAGUUUUUGACAUAGACCAAGGCUACAUUUACUUUUCCGAUUGUAGUGUACCAAUGAGUUAUUUAAAUAAUUAAAGUUGUUUUUCAUCUUUUCGUUUUUCGCUAGGUAAUCGUAGCGGUCUCCAAGUUGAUGGCGAUCGGGUUAAACCGUUCAGCUGUAAACAACUCUCUUCUGGCGCUAAAGAAUUAUGCUGUAGAAGACAAAGGAAUGAAGGUGACUUUUUCUUGUUUUUUUUUUUUUUUUUUUUUUUUUUUAACUUGAGUCUUGUUGGACUGUAAACGUAAAUAAAGGAAUCAAUUAUUCAAUCAGUCAAUGAAAUUGCGUCAGUCCGACUUUCAGCCAAGCAGAAAGUCUUUCAUGGAUUUAUCUUACACAGUUGAGACGGCGAAAUACUGCACUUGGCUCGUUUUCUUUGGUUCGUUUUUCCCCUUGUUUUUUUUUUUUGUUAUUUUUUUAAUAGACCUCGAAAUCGUUUCGGUCUGAAAGCCCGCGGUAGAGGGUCAAUUAUCCAAUUGUGCAGGCUGUUCAGAGCUGGGUUAAGAUAACUCAGGGUUAGUGUGAAAUCUGAAAUCAGAUCUGAAAGCUUUAAAAGAAAUUCAGUAUAGUCCUUUUUUUUUCUACAAUUUGAGGAUUGACUUUUUAAAAAGAAUAGAGAAAAUUAUCUAAAAAAGGCUAUCGAAAAGAAAAGGAAUAAAGAAACCUGGCUGAAAAAAAAUGUAAUCCUGGGUUAUUGGCCUUCGAGCAACUGGGCCCUUGUUUUGUUCGGCAAACGCAGUCUCUUUUUAUAGAGGAAUUGGUUGAAUUGGUUGCCAACUCAGAUGUGAGGGAACAUGUACUGAGUACAAAUGCUUUUAUCGAGUUUGAUCAGUCUUUUCGCAAGUUUUAUUACGGUAAAUUUGGUGAUCGGCCGCGGUUGUUAGUUAAUCUACCUGUUCUCACACUCUGAGUCUUGAUGGAUAACACUUUGUACUGUUUUGUCGAAAUUGUGUCAUUUUUUCUAUCUGCUUGUCAUUCCUUUAAAAGCAUACGGAUUUUCCCGCUGAGGUGAAAGAUCUAACGAAGAAGAUUCACACCGUUUUGCAGGCGACUGCACAAAUGAAGGUAUGCGUGCUUAAAUUAUAGUUGCUCAGCAUGUAGGUUUGGUUUUGUUUACCUAGUCUCCCUAAAGGUCUAGGCACAAGGUAAGCCUUUUUUGUUACAUUUUUUUAGGGUGUUCUGACCGUUAAUCUGUAAGGACAACGCUCGCGCCUUUUAAUAGGAAUCUAGUGAGAUUUGGCCGAUGGGGUUGACUUUCCAUGAAGAGAGUUGGGUCAUUAUAUUUCUCACAAACAUUUUGAUGCCGAAGAAGGAUAGUAAAUAUACCCAAAGUGUAGACGAUUUGUUUACUAUUGUAACUACGGUUAAAAAGAAUUGCCCUUGAGAACAAUUUCAGUUAAGUUCAGGUUGGGUAAAUACCCGGGAUUGCAGUGGUUUUGUUUUAUUUUGCGCUGUUACGGUUCAAGAAAACUUGCGCCACUUUCUCAGUCGUGAGGCACUGAGGUUUUAGUCGUUUGUGUCUUUCUUUCCAGACGGAAUUGUCGUGAAAGAAUGUCAGGUGUUAUCAAGAGCGAAUUUGAUGCUAUUUGCAUCUGAUUUAAUUCUUGACUGGCAGAACGUUUGUAAUAUGUAUUUUGAUUUGCAAAGGCGAACCUUUCGUUGAUUUAUCGUAGCCCUCGGGGGUUAUCACUUUUUUUCCAAUGAGCACGCCACUCUGAUCAUUUUAAGUGCUGUCACGUUUCAUUUUUUUCACGAAGGAGCUUCAUUAUGGAGAAACAAAACGUACUAAAUGCCUGUAAUACGUUUUGAGCGACAAUGUAGUAGUUCAGGUUAAAUUUGGUGUCUCUCGCCUUUUGGAACGUGUAAUAGAAUUAGACAUUAUUCCAUUUGGGUUGAAUAAGCAAGAAAUCAAAUCACUUAAUUUCAUUCGGUUCUUAGAGACCGAAAGCCAUGGGCGAGAAAGUAAGUUAGUGACGCUCCUAACCGUUUAUUUUAGCCAGCCAAAAUAUUUUUGAUCGUGUAUAAUUUUAACACGCACUAUUAUUUUUUUGUUGCGUGUCUGAUCAGUUAUUCAGACCAUUAGCAAGUUCCAGCGAAUGCACGGUACUAUUAAACGAACUAUAGUGUUUAUCACUGAGUCAGACGAUCGCGAGCAGUGGCCCUGAUUUAUAUGGAUAAAUCAGUUGGCGACACAGCACAUCAGGAAAUUAAAGAUCGCUUUCGAUUUGUUGGAUACACUUGACCUUUGCACGUGAUAGAACUAUGUUUACAAAGACAGGAAAUUCGUUUCAUCGAUAAAAUAUCCUUGACGAAGGGCGUUUAGUAUUUGCGAAGACCAAGUUUUCGCCAUUGCGAACUUUACUGACAGUUUUGCUUGCCAUACAGAACUAUUAUCGUGAUUCCUUUGGAUUUUUUUUCAAAUCCUAACCGCCUUCUGUAACGGUUCGAAGCGCUACUGUGAGCAAAUAGAUGGCUUUGCGAGCAUUCUCCGACGAGGAAGUAAAACACGAGCCAUAUUUGAAAAAUAGAAAGUUGUGCGUGAAGAAAAAAGAAAGUUUACAUGCCAUUGAGGAGUUCGCCGCACAGCAGUUGGUUUUCCUCCCUAUUUUGAGCUCUCCCACACCUCUGAGCGCAGCGACGAUUAACCGAAAAUUCUUUUUGGUACAUUUCGUGUUCUGUGUAGUGUCGUUUCAGUGGAUAUAGUUUUUCUAUAUAUACAUUUUAGAUCAAUUUUGUUUAACCUACUCUGAACAAGUUUAAAUUGAAGAGGAAAAAACUACAGAAUUGAAAACAGCUCGACAUUCUCUAGAGUUUGAGUGCUUUUAUUUCCCAAAUAUUGUCGGCGCUUGCAUGUCAGCAUAUCGCCCGCCUGGAGCAAUAGCACACCUUGUUGAUGAUAUUUGUGUGAUUUCCUGUCUGUACAACAUUAGUAACUUUUUUUCUGAGGGAAAUAGAGUUGGUUUGAACAGCCUUACUGGUGGCUUCCUUACUUGUAGAUCUUUGCCAUAUUUCGCACGUAAUUGAUUAUAAUUUCACUUCGUUUUGUAGGAACACGAUGACAUCCCAGAAGUCCUUGUUGACCUUCAAUACAGUUUGGCCAAGUCUUACUCCAGCACGCCAGAAUUGAGAGAGACCUGGUUAGAGCACAUGGCAGGCGUGCAUGAGAGUCAUGAAAAUUACUCAGAGGUUUGUUUUGCGUGCGUGACGUAGCGUGAAAUAUGCCCACGUUUUGCGUGAUCUGAUGGAUUAUCAGACGAGUGAUAAUGCGUGAGUGUGCUUGAAAUUUUCGUAAAUAAAGUCGGAAACUGAGUAGAAGGGGAUGUUUAUCUAGUCAUCAACGGCUCCUUUGAAGACUUCUUAGCCCAGAGGCUUGAAACGCCCUGUUUUCAAUCGGCCCAACUGUUGAAAAACGAGUCUUUUUUAACCUGAAAAUUCAAACACAACGAGCCGUGAUCGAUUUAGAUUGCGUUGUAUUUAGUUCUUUAUGAAGGCAAUAGAGUGUAACCAUGCCAUGAUAUGAUUUUUUUUUUAGACUGCCCACUGUUACAUUCACGCAGCAGCGCUGGUCGCUGAAUAUUUAAAACGACAAGGUGAGCUGUAAGGCCGUGAUUUAAACAUAAACAAUCGAUUAAUCGUAAAAAUGGUGUGGCUUUUCGAUGUUUCUCGGCUGGCGGCUUUUGAAUAAAGAUUCUCUAUUAAAUCACACUGGAACGUAAUGAGAUUCAGAUAUGGUUUCAAACGUCUCCCAUACCAAGGCAGACACUUAAUGACAUCCAUUUAUCAUUUGCCUUUUUCAGUUUUUCUCUCUUUCCGUGGAGAGAGUCAAAGUGUAUAUGGUUGUGAACAGUUGUCGCAAAAAAGGAAUUUAUGACGGUGGAAAUGGCAAGCUGCGACAUAAUUCGAAUGCAAAGUGGGAAAUUUUACAGACAAUAUCUUUAGUGAAUUUCAUAUCUCCUUCUCUCUUCGUGUUUAUCUCAGGUGUUUAUCACGAAGGUUGCGCGGCGUUUUCCAACGUGUCACCCAAUGUGGUAGCGGACGAAAGUGUAAUGAAAACUGACGAAGGGAUGACUAAGGAGCAGAAGUACACAAAGGUAGGCUUUUUUUUUUCAUCGAUAUCUUCGUAAAUUUGAGAUAUUUCUUUGCUCAGGUCAAAUGAUGUUACUGACCUAGGUGAAUGAAUAUUCCUCUUCGUAUGAGUGGGCCACUCUUGAACCUCCCGACUCAUCAAUUAUUGAAGUGACCAGGGGUGAGUCAGCCGCAUAAAACAAAAAGCUGUUUCUGGUGGAUUUUCCUGUCGGUCGUUAACUAUUAAAAAUCACGUGGAAACUAUUUAGAAAUCGAGAUAAGCUAUAGUCUGUUGAAAGCUAGAUACACUGUAAUCUAAAAUCAGGCUUCAUGCUCCUCAAGAAUAUUGACCCACGAAUUUUAAGAUUUUAUUUCUUCUAAAGUGGAUGGUUUGCGGUCUAGGUUUCUAGUGAUAUGGGGUGAGAGCUCUGUACAGAUUAAGGUAAUGAUCCUGAAACCUCACUAGAGCGAAUAAACUGUUCCCACCGCUGUAGCUGUGACUUUCUCGCUGUUCACAAUGUUCUCACUUAAAUGGAGCUGGCAGGAUCAAAUUUUCCUUAUUUACAGCCAUCCAUAUUUAACUUCUUCUUGUAAUUGUGUUUGUAAUGUGAAGUGGUUUUGAGGAGUUCACUCUAACUGAUGUUCUUUCAUUAGCGGCACUUGGUGGAUUUGUUGGAGCAAUGUGCGAAAUUUCUUGAACGCGCUGAAAGAUAUGAAGUCAUGGGCGAGGUGUUCAAAUUGGCUAUACCAAUAUACGAGCAGGAGAGAGACUUCCUGGUGAGUGACUUAAGGAGGGCCUUUGACUGCUUCUUUUUAAGCAAAAACGUCCACAAAAACUGAAAAGAGGAAUAACUGACCGCCUUACCUUAGUACCAGGAUGAUCUAAAUCACAAGCAUGCAUCUGAACAAGGCGAUUGAAAACUUCUCAUACCAAACUACGAAGGACUCUAAUUAUUCUUUUUUUUUCUCCCAAACCUCAGAGGCUUUCCAAUGCUUACGACAGCUUAGCUAAAGCUUACAAGAAGGUAGUGGAAGUAAUGAAAUCCGGCCGAAGGCUUCUUGGAAAAUACUUCAGAGUUGCUUUCUUCGGACAGGUAAAUGGUGCAAUUUUCAGCUUAUUUAAAUAGAUCCCGUAAUUUGUUUGGAGAAAAAUAGGUUAUUGCUGCGCAUAAAGUUCUGGUAACUAGUAGCUUUUCUAGACGUGAUGCUUGCCGAAAGUGAAAUGUGCGUUCAAUACGGUGAGUUGUCGGCUCUAAGCCAUUCGCUCUACGCUUUCCACUCGCACAUUAUGCUUCAAUAUUAGAGGACACAGAACUGAGGUCAUUCCAACGCUCGUUGAGAAAUUAAGAGCGCUGGAAACCGACAAAGUCAAGACUAACUAAACGUCUUUCCCUUUGUUUUUCAGAUGUUCGGCGACGACGAUGGCAAGGAAUUCAUUUAUAAAGAACCUAAAAUCACAGGGUUAGCGGAGAUUUCUCAACGAUUGGAAGCCAUGUACUCUAGAAAACACGGCAGAGACAGUGUUAAACUCAUCAUGGAGUCUGCAAAGGUAACUGAUGCAAAUGAUUAUUAUUGAAUUAUUUAACAAUAUUUAUUCGUGGGUGGUUGCUCGCACCAAGCCCGGCUGUGCCACUUCUUCAAUUUCCCUCACAUUCUGUUGGCCGUGAUAUUAAUUUCAUCAGACUGCAAUCCUUGCUUUUAUAGUUGCUUUUGCCAGUGUCAACGCUAUUUCUACGUUUUUCUCCAGAACUGUCUUAGUUUUUCAGUCAAUAUCAAAAAUUAACCAGUGAUUUUACCUCCUAGGUUCAUCGUGAAACGUUAGAUUCAAAACUGGGCCACAUUCAGGUAUUAUUUUUGUGUAAAAGAGAGUGUUUUGGAAAAGAUAGGCUGUAUUCUCAAGCGUUAGAACCGUUGAUUUAUACCACUUUUCAUACGCAAAAACCGUAACAAGACUUUGAGCAUUUAUUUCUCUUAUCGCCACAUGGUCUUACAAGUCUCAGGUCUCUAGAAUGUGAGUUCGCGAUACGCUUAAGCGGUACCCUUGAUACUUAUUGUAACAAAUCACCAAAGGCGAUUUUCACAUUAAAUUGAUAAUUUCUUACCAGGCUGCACUGCUCCUUGGCAGUCCAUCAAACCAAAUGUUUGUCUUUUAGAGAUAGCAAAGUUUAGAGGAAUCUAUGUUUUUCUUGUUGUUGUUGUUGUUGUUGUUUUUUGUGUCUUUUUCAAUUUCAGGCCUAAAGUUGCAUGGAAAUCUUCUUAGUUGAAAUUGAUUUCAGCUCGAUUCCUAGUCGAGAUCCUGAGAUUUCGUUUCGUUUCGUUAAAAACAUUUUACCGGUGUUAAUGAUGUAUUCACUGCUAUAAAUAUAUUUUUAAUAUGCUAAUGGCUUUAUCCCAGCCCGCUUGCAUUAAAAAAAUGUUUUUGGAAGUUUUGACUUUCGAAAGCCGCUUCGCAGUGGAAAUGAGGUUGAAAAUGCAUCAAGAGAUGAUCUUUCUUGAAGUUAUCUAAAGAAAUUUCUUCAAGGUUUAUCAGUAUUUUUUGUGUGGUCCUUGAAACCAUUCCCUGCAGAUUACCUAUGUGCAGCCCUAUUUUGAUGACGAAGAACUUGAACUAAGGCCGACCAUAUUUGAACGAAACAAUAACAUCAGACGGUUUAUAUACGAGACGCCGUUUACGGUCAGCGGUAAAGCUCACGGAAACCUUAAAGAGCAGUGCAAGAGGAAGACCAUCUUAACAAGUAAGUUUGGAACGAAAUUUUUGUCUCUUUAUCGUAAGAAACACUGAACUUUAACGUCAUUUUUCAAGUAGGGGAUUACCCUAGAUCAUUGUUCUAAACGUUGCUGAAAGUGCUCCUCGCUUCAAAGAUUUUUAAGGUGGACGUAACGAGUUCCUUCAAAUGUACUUAUUUAUGUUUUAGCGUCCAAUACUUUUCCUUAUGUGAAGAAGCGAAUCCUUGUUGUUCAAGAGGAACAGUAUGAACUGACUCCAGUUGAGGUAAGGUAGUCUUCUAUCGCAAAAAAAACUGCUUUAAUCGUUGUUUUGCAAGUAACCUGCGUCUAGAGACUGAUCUUUAGGAUGAAUGUAGAUUUAUAAUGGUUGCUCUUGACCUAUGUUUUUCCGUUUUUUGUUUUGGUUUUUUUAUUUGUUUUUCUCUUGUUUGUUGUUGUUUUUGUUUUUUAUUUUUUGUUAGUUCAUAGAUUUAAGUGAAGCUUGUUUUCAAAUAUUCCGUAUUCCUUAAAUGUCAGGUGGCGUUCGAUGAGAUGCAAAACAAAGUUAAAGAACUCAAUAACGUGAUUGCACAGAAUCCUCCGGACAUGAAGAAACUUCAGCUAGUCUUACAAGGCAGUAUUAGUGUUCAGGUAUGAAACUAUCACGCAGUAUACAACGUCUUCAUUUAAGUUAGCACAGGACAGCUAAGCUUUAGGCAAGGUUUCCUUGUGCUUUGGUGAAAUCGUUAAGGGUCUUAUUAUUGAAAAUGUAAUUAUUUUAUUUUUUUUACAGGUGAAUGCAGGUCCCCUGGCGUACGCUCAUGCUUUUCUUGACAAGUCUGUUUUGGCCUCACAUCCUCAUAAACACAUUGAGAUGCUUCAGCAAGUUUACAGGGAGUUUAUCGGUUGUUGUGGAAAAGCUUUGGAACAAAAUGAUCAGUUGAUCAAGGAAGAUCAACGAAUGUAUCAAGAAGACAUGAAAGAAAAGUACGCUCAGCUGAGGACACAGUUGGCCAAGUAUAUUGGAGAUGAGGUGUGUUAGCUGGCAAAUUUCUUGAUUUUUAAGUUGAGUCGUAAUUUUUUCCUUCUGAAAUUUUCCUUUUGGUUUUGAUGGUACGACCGCUCCAUUGGAAGCCCUCGAAACACUGAGUGGGGAAUGUCCAUUAUAAUCAUAUUUGUAAGUUACUUAAAACGCAUUGCACAGUUCUGAAUUCUCUCGUAAUUUGUGGUUUUAACAUUCGUUUGGUCUCCAACGCCGUUUUUCUUCUUUUCGUCUGCUGCUCGGUCAUUUAGUGAGCCAGUCGUAUAAGCCUGUCAGCCUGCUUGUAAGUUAGCGAGUCAGCUUUUCGGACAGUUAGAAAAUCUGUCAGCCUUCUAGGCAGUCGAGGUCAAAUCCUAUUAUCCAGUUCAUGAACCAGUCAACCUAGCAGAAAAUCACUCAGUAAGCCGUCGGUCUCCCAGACAGUCACAUAGCCGGUCAGUCAGCUUGUCAGUCAGUCAAAGUCAAAGUCCCGUUAUCCAAAUGAUGGGCCAGUCAGCCAGACUGUCCUCUAGCUGGUGGCAAAGCCAGCCAGCUGGCUAGGCAGUCAGGGAGGGAAUCAGCUCGCCACUUAGCUGAUCAAUUUGGAAUCAGUUAUCAGACGUCCUUUUAUUGUUUAUGUUAGGUGAUCACAACAGUAACCUCGUCCAGCAGCUUGUCUUCACUUGGAUGAGAGGUGGGCCAAUGAGACUGAGAAGCAAUUCUUGUUACGUGAACACGUUGGCUUGGUCGACUUAAUAGCGGAGAAGGAUGCAUUUCCAGGUUGUAGAAGAAACCACAUUAGUAUCACGCUCCUCGCAAAUGUUUGAUGUCGUUCAUUUGAACCGUUUUGCUGCGGUUAUAAAUUAUUUAUGUUACGCCUUAAGAUUCCACAAAAGAGGGAUUUAGAAGAAACUUGAUUUGAAAAGUUAUAUUUGAUUGAUAGUCAAGAGAGUUGUUGUAAGAAAUGACUUGAAAAAUAAAGUAGGAAAAACUCUUUUUAUAAUUUCACCCUAAGAACUGAAAAGGUAAAUAGUGUUUGUGAAAAGGAAAGAUAGUUCAUUACUUUAGUGGAAGCUUAAGUCUUUACAGCGAGGCACGGCAAGAAAUUCACAAAUGAAGAAAAAAAAUUCGAAUUGUUUGCCAUUAAAAUAUUCUGGUUUCAUUACCAAAAUUUUGUGGACCCUAUAGUUAAGCUCGUUCGUUUCCAAUGAGUUCUGCUACAGGAAGUAUCAUAAUGUUAACCAUAGUUUAAGAACAAAGCAGAUGUUAACAUAGAAUUAAGGAUACUUAAUGAUACAUUUUUUGCCUUCUUUAAAUCCAAAAUGAACAUUAUUGAGAAUAUUUUAUGAAUUAAUAUUCACUGAAAAAAUUUUUAGUUGUUAGAAUUAUUUUUAAGGUUAUUUUCGUAUUUUUCUUACCCACGAUAGGCCUAUAAUUUCCGUUAUCUUUCUGUUUUGCUUUGUUUUGUAUAUGUAUGUGUGUUGUUGUAGUUGUUGUUUGUUUGUUGUCUGUCUUGUUUUCGAAGGGCCGGGGGGGGUGAAGAAGAGGGUGGGUUAAGAAAUCGAAAAGAAAGUCGAAAAAGAGAGCAAAUAGGUUAUCCGCUCAAAACAAGUACAGUCGAACCUUGAUUAUCCAGAUCUCAAUAAUCCGGAUUUCUCGAUUAUCCGGACUUUUUCUCUGGUCCCAAUUUUGUCAUGAAUAUUUACUAGUCAUGAUCGAGAUCCGUCGCCAUAAUCUUUUUAAAAGUACAGCGUUGAAAAGCGAGGUAAAAGCGAGUUUGUUUCGCUUUGAAGAGGCAAAAGCAGCACCUGCAUGUGUCGUAACUAAAGAAGAACAUUCGAAUGGGGUCUGAUUAGCUUUUAUAUUCAUAUUCUCGAUAAUCCGGACCCUUUCGUCUAGUCUCAACGAGUCCGGAUAAUCGAGGUUCGACUGUACAACUAUAAUAUUAUGCAUAGUGAAUUACUUUCUAAAUAUGAACUUGACUUUUACUUAAGAGUUUCAUGUAAUAAGAGAUAGAAGCAUUUAGUUUUUUAUAAGAAUUCAAUUGAUAGAACUUGGAAAUGAAAUAAGUUUAUACAAUAGAUGAAAGUUCAUUAAGGACAGCAAGAAAGUAGUUUUGAAUUGUUUUCAAAAUUUUUUUAAUGUUCUCUUGUUUAUUAUAUCUGGUCUCAAUACUGAAUCUUUCCUGUCCAUUUUGUAGAGUCGUUUUGUAAACAUUUGCCCUCUCACUUACAACCUCGUCUGAAACAGAUUCUUGUCACUAGUAACCUCUGGCAGAUAGGAAAUAUCGGUGUACAUUUCUUUGAGAUGGAAAGUUGUACGACAAUAAAAUAUUACGUCGAUGUCUGGGCAAUCAUGUUUUACUUUUAUUAUGACCUUGCUGAGCUACCCGAG